AUGUUGAUGGUAGAUGGUCUGCCUUUAGAUGUAACUGGGACCUUGAAACAAACUCUCACAUUCUUUGACAAAAACUUGAUGGUGCUAGCUCCUAAUCAGUCAUGGAAAUCCAUAGCUGUGAAAGUGAAUGGUUGCCUUAGAGCAAAAGUCACUCAAGAGAGUGAGAUACUUGUAACUUGGUCCAUUGAACAGCAAAUUAAUAAGACACCAGAAUACAAAAGACUUGCCUCUGCACAGGAGGCCUGGGUGGUUCAUUUCACCUGUGAAGAUGGAUAUCUUUUGACAUGA